CUAAAUCCGUCCGGCGGAAGUCGUGCUCACGGCCUUCUCACAAAAGAAAUGGCGAGCGGUAUCGGCAAACACAAGAUCCAGAAUGUGGGACCAACAGAGCCCUGGUCCAUCAGGGAGAAACUAUGCCUGGCCUCCUCUGUUAUGAGGAGUGGCGACCAAAACUGGGUGUCUGUAAGUAGAGCCAUCAAGCCUUUCUCAGAGCCCGGCCGUCCUCCUGACUGGUUCUCCCAGAAGCACUGUGCCUCACAAUACUCUGAGCUGCUGGAGGCCACAGAAGCACCCAAGCGUAAGCGUGGUGAGAAGGGCGAGGUGGUGGAAACCAUUGAAGAUGUCAUCGUGCGUAGGCUGACCACCGAGAGGAUAGAGGAGCUGAAAAAACUGCUGCGAGACACACAAGAGCAGUACAGGAAGUUGAAGAAGGAGGUGGAUCUGAUCCAGACGGGUCACAUGGACUCCCAGCUGAAGGAGCUGUGGACAGAGAUCACACUAAAGAAGACGCAGGCUGAGGAGGAAGCGGAACAGAAGAGGAAAGCCACAGAAACGGCGUACCAAGCUCGCCAGGCGCUGAAAAACACGCCCAAGCGUCAGCCCAGCGUCACUGUCCGCUCUCCUCUGGGUGCCAGCCCCCCCGCCGUGGACCCUCUGGCUGACUCUUUGGUCCCCGCGACGCCCAUGGAUACAGGCGCUGUCGUCUCCAACGACACCACCACCACCACCAUCAUCACCACCACCACCACCCCCCCCACCACCACCACCCACUCAGUGGCCCAGGGGGUCGCAGCGUUUCUCCCGGCGACGGACGCUCCAGGCCCGGGACCCAAAGACGGAGGCGUGGCCGCUCAAGUAGACGACUCGCCGCAGAAGAGGCUCCUGACCCAGAAGACCACGCCCCCGCCCUCCCCUCUGCUGUCGGAGCUGCUGAAGAAAGGCAGCCUCAUCCCGGCCAGCCCCAGCCUGGUUGGGGAGGGAGACUCGAUUGGAAGCCUCACCAAUGGAGUUCAGGCAGCCACCGCCUUGCCACCUGGCCAUGAGGUCAUCACAGAGGUUGAAGCGGAUGCUGCGGUGAAGGUGGAGCUCGGUGAAGAGGCGGGGUUAGUGGAAGAGGACCUCGUAGCGGUGUCCUACAUGGGAGACGAGUUGGACCUGGCGACGGUGGGAGACAUCAUCGCCAUCAUAGAGGAAAAGGUCGACGACUCCGUGGAGGCGUUGGAUGCAGCCGCAGUGGAAGCGGCGCUCUCCUUGUGCGAAGAGGCCGUCUCGGAGGGACACACCCUCCCCGGCCCCUGGGAGACGCAGGAGCUGAAGGCUUCGGACCCGGCGCCCGCCGUCCAGGACUCCUCCGAUCCCGCUCCGGAGCCUCCGGAUGCGGCCGCCGCCGCGUCGGCCCCGAGUCCCGCAGCCGCGGAGACGCAGGGUCACGCGGAAGCCGAGCGGGAGCAACAGCUCAAGGGGAACUGCGAGGGACCCGAAGUAACAGGAAGUGAUGUCGCCUCGGACGACGGCGCAACGGGAAGCGAGGUGACGGAGGAGGGGGCGGCGUCGGGGAAGGAGGCCGCCGAGGCGACGGUCAAGAGCGAGGGAGAGGAGUGGAGCCAGCCGGAGCCCAACCCACCGUGCCUGGACUCUGAGGACAGCUCUGUCUCUGGGAAAGAGUCCAAGGAGGUGAAGGAGGAGGAGGCGGGAAGCGAGGGCUACCCAGAAGAAGGGAUGGAGCUGAAGGAGGAGUGCGGGGAGGGGGAGGGGCCCUACCUGUCGGAGGUGGAGCGGGCGGCCAGCGAGAGUGAAGACGGCUACGGCCCGCCCUCUCAGCGCUACACGGCGGACUCCCUGGCCAGCAGCCCGGCCUCGUCUUCACAGCUCUCCACAUGCGGCGAGGACCAGGAGGCCGUGCAGGCCCAGAAGAUCUGGAAGAAAGCCAUCAUGCUGGUGUGGAGAGCCGCAGCCAACCACAGGUACGCCAGCGUCUUCCUGCAGCCGGUGUCGGAUGACAUCGCCCCGGGUUACCACAGCAUCGUACACAGACCCAUGGACCUGUCGGCCAUCAAGAAGAACAUCGAGUCCGGCGUGAUCCGCACCACGGCCGAGUUCCAGCGCGACAUCAUGCUGAUGUUCCAGAACGCCGUCAUGUACAACUCGUCGGACCACGACGUGUACCACAUGGCGCUGGAGAUGCAGCGCGACGUCCUGGAGCACGUGCAGCAGUUCCUCGCCACGCAGCUCAUCAUGCAGACGUCGGAGAGCGCCAUCUCCGCCAAGAGCCUCCGCGGCCGGGAGGGGAACCGUAAGCCGGGGGAGCCGGCCGAGAAGGACAGUGUCCCAAUGGCCUCUCCUGCUUUCCUUCUCUCUCUCUUUGACGGGGGCACUAGAGGUCGCCGGAGUGCCAUGGAGGCCGACCUCAAAAUGAAGAAAUAGACUUGAGAUUUCAGAGAGCUGGAGGAGGUGAAGACUGAAUGGUCCCUUUGCUUGUUUUCUGAGGAGGACUGUGCAGUCUCUGUGUGUGCUCUGCUGACGCGGACGGAGAGAUGAAGGACUAAACAAAAAAAUAGAAAAGACCAUUUUCACCAGCAAAAGUUUAUCCGGGAUCAAAUGAUGAAGAUGAGCUCCACUCGCCAGAUUUGAUCACGUUGAAUCGUGUACGAGUGACCGGCACCGAGCUGCGCCCGGCUGAAAAGACACUGGACGACAACAACAACAACAACCAGAUGGUGAAUCAUAAUGUAAAGUUCCACUAUUUCCAGAACUACUAGCGCUGCAUGUUGGUCCGUGGUCGCUGUGAAAAAGUUCUGCAAAUCUAUCACAAAUCUUUACGACUGGAUUGUCUUUCUAAAUUUAAGAACAUCUGAUGUCCCGAGACUUUUACCAGUGUUUGGUUUCGCUUGUUUCGGCCCGUUAACGGCAAAUGACGUACGUUACACGUGUUUUGAAGUUUCACGACCUCGGAUCUUGAAGACGAUGGAACCGGCCAUCGUGAAUCGACCUUAUAACGGAACGUAAACACAUGCUUAAGAAGCGUAAUCGGUGCGUGUUCUUUCAUCAGCUACGGCCCGGUUUCAAUCUCUUUGCAUUAAAGUACACUUGUGCAUCUGA